CGCCCGUCGCUCCCCCCUCCGGCAGGGCCCCGGCGCUGCAGCUCUGGAGCAGGAGACUCAGUUGUUACUUUAUUACAUUGUUGGUGAGUUUGCAGCAACUCGCGGCCUCCCCGGCUCCGGAUCCAGCACCCCCGGGAGCCCGCACCCCCUGUCCCCCGCCGCCCGCACACUCCCGGAUCCCGUCUUCUCACUCAUCGCCGGGCAUGAGUUAGCCAGCAAUGGACACCAAGCAUUUCCUGCCGCUGGAUUUUUCCACCCAGGUCAAUUCUACGUCUCUGAACUCUCCGAGUAUCCGUGGGCCUAUGAGCGCGCCCUUGCUUCAUCCGUCCCUCAGCAGUUCCGGGAUAAGCCCUUCGCUGGGCUCGCCCACUCAUCUCCACUCUCCACUCGGAUCCUCCCUCAAUGGAAUGGGCCCGCCUUUCUCGGUCAUCAGCCCGCCCCUGGGCCCCUCGAUGUCCCUCCAAUCCACGCAGGGCAUGGGGUAUGGCACCGGCAGCCCUCAGAACUCCUUCAUCUACUCCAAAAGCCCUCCUGUCAAUCUGUUUGAGCUCCAUUCCCCCAUGAAUUCCGUCAGCAGCACAGAGGACAUCAAGCCACCUCUGGGAAUAAACGGCAUCCUAAAAGUGCCCGCUCACCCCUCAGGAGCCAUGUCUGCCUUCACCAAGCACAUCUGCGCCAUCUGCGGGGACAGAUCUUCAGGUAAACACUAUGGAGUGUACAGCUGUGAAGGCUGCAAAGGCUUUUUCAAGCGGACAGUUCGUAAAGACCUCACGUACACCUGCAGGGAUAGCAAAGACUGCCUGAUAGACAAGCGUCAACGCAACCGCUGUCAGUAUUGCCGGUACCAGAAAUGUCUCGCUAUGGGCAUGAAGAGAGAAGGGAUGGCGCCCCAUCCAUCCCAGCACACAAGAGAUCUGCGAUGUCAUUCGGAACAAGCUGUACAGGAGGAGCGGCAGCGGGGAAAGGACCGGAACGAGAACGAGAUAGAGUGCACCAGCAGCGCCAACGAAGACAUGCCGGUGGAGAAAAUCCUGGAAGCCGAGCUGGCGGUAGAACCAAAGACCGAGACGUACAUCGAAGCUAACAUGGGCCUGGCGCCCAAUUCUCCCAGCGACCCCGUCACCAACAUCUGCCAAGCAGCGGACAAGCAGCUUUUCACUUUGGUGGAAUGGGCUAAAAGAAUCCCUCACUUUUCGGAGCUGCCGCUGGACGACCAAGUAAUACUGCUUCGGGCAGGUUGGAACGAGCUCCUCAUCGCGUCCUUCUCCCAUCGGUCCAUAGCGGUGAAAGAUGGAAUCCUCCUUGCCACCGGACUUCACGUGCACAGGAACAGCGCGCACAGUGCGGGCGUGGGAGCCAUUUUUGACCGGGUUCUCACAGAGCUGGUCUCCAAAAUGCGGGACAUGCAAAUGGACAAGACCGAGUUGGGCUGCUUACGGGCUAUUGUGCUCUUCAACCCAGACUCUAAGGGUCUUUCCAAUCCCUCGGAAGUUGAGGCCCUGCGUGAGAAGGUCUAUGCGUCUUUGGAAGCGUACUGCAAACACAAAUAUCCCGAGCAGCCGGGGAGGUUUGCCAAGCUGUUGCUGCGCCUGCCUGCCCUCCGGUCCAUCGGCCUCAAAUGUCUGGAACACCUCUUCUUUUUCAAGCUAAUAGGAGACACACCCAUCGACACCUUCUUAAUGGAGAUGCUAGAGGCGCCCCACCAAAUGACUUAAGAGGAUGGACAUCUUUUGUCUAUGUGCAGAGGGCGGCGGACUCCUCGCGGGCCGCCCUCAGAGAUGCCGUGGUCCGUUCUACACAUGCGGAAUACGUCCAGGAUCAUCCCCUCCCCCCUUUCCUUCAUCCUAUGUCGCAUUCACGGAGCUAGGACCGCGCUCUCAUGCCACGAACAGCGACGGGUGUACAGGCUGGGCUCGCCACUGACCGUCUCUCUCUCUCACGAGGCGACGUGCUUGUCGCUGCUAAAGCUUCAGUCGCUGUUAUUGAUGUUUGGCUUUGGUGGGGCCGCCUGGCCCCGGUAUCUGCAACAAAACAAUCCGCAAAGAUCUCGGAGGGUGAAUGUAUCAUUGUUUUGUUUUUUUAUUAUAUAUAUAUAUGUAUGUAUAUAUAUAUAUGAUGUGCAAGGACAAUGGUAGAGUUUUGUGAUCCUUUGUGUUCUCAUGUGAUCACUGGGAGAAUUGGUUGUAUAUCUUCUCCUGGACAAACUUAGGGAAGAUCUGGUGGUGUUUCCACAGGUGGAGAUAUAUAAUGGGUUGCUAUCAUAUCGGACAUUAGGCCAUAACUAGCAACGAACAAACGUAGCUCAGUCUAGUCUCGCGCAGGUGGUUUAGUGAGGUAUCAUGGCGAUUAGGAUGGACUGUUUUCUCCUGUGGUAUAGACAUCGGAAAGCCUGAUUUUAGAACCAUCGGGUAACUUGUUAUUUUGUACUAAGGCCCUUUGGAUUGAGGCACUACAGAAUUCUCCUCUUCUUAUGUGUUCUAAGAAACGUGCUGGGAUUUGCUGCAUCUGUAACAGAAAUAAAAGGAGACCAUAUAUGAGGCACCUUACGUUCUGCAGGUAGAUAUCAGGGAUGUCCAAUGUGUGUCCUGGUCGUCCCCAAUAGAAAAUGUCAGCAAGAAAUGACGGAGAUCCUGGGAUACAGCAGAAGAGUUCUAGAGACUUGUAACAGCACAUAGAGCUCAGGUCAGGUGGGGUCCUAGUGGAUUGUUAAAAUCAAGGAAGUUCUAUUUUGUAGCUACAGGUUAGAACAUGAAUGUGUGAGGCUGAGGUCCCAAGAGAGCUGGGUUCUAGGUGCUUGGCCAAGAUAACAACUUCAGCAAGCGAGAGGGAGGUAAAGGACCAUGUGAGUUGUCCUUCAUAUCACAGUUCACCAUGUUCUUCUCAUAACAGAGGAAGAACAUCUUGAGAACCUCAGAAGCCUGAAUUUGUGCUCCGUAGUAUGACCAUAAGAAGUAUAAUUGCGGCACAACUGCUGUGCUUCACAAGAGGUUCCUCAUGAACUUCUGCUGUUCUGGACAAGUCAUGUGUCCACCAAUGGCCUUAAGUACGGAGAGAUCGUAUUAUCCUAAUAUUUACACCUUGCAAAUAUCUAAGCAGUCAUAGAUAACAUAUUGGUACUCCAACUGUUUCAGUGCUGCACCCGGAACCACAAUCUGCAGCGUGUUCUUGUAGUUUAGCCAGAAGGUUUUCAAAAGUUGUAGCUCAGCGAGUGCCAUAAUUGCCCACUCAGCUGCGUUGCUCACACUGCCAGGCGAUAAUGUUUCAGGUAGGGAGGAGGGCCCAACCGUUGUUAUAUAUAGGACGAGCAGUUCUUGGACUAGGAAGGCCGUUAGAAUCACAGGGAACCUUUAAAAAGUGAUGUUUUUGGGUUAUUUUUGUACAGGGUAGGUCAGUGCAAACGUAGUUGAACUAACUGGCCUUUCUUUUUUUCCUCUUUCCUUUCUUGUAAAGCAUAUAUGGUAUAUGUAUAUUUUCCAAAGAAACUUGUUUUCUCUUCGUUUUCUUGUUCCGCGCGAGAGCAAAUUAACUCAGAACCUGAGCCAAUGCUAAUGCAACGCUUCUGUGAAGCCUACGCCGCUGUCCCUUCCCCGCAACUGCACCUGCGCUACUAAUGCCAUUCUAAUACCUCUUGUGAUUUUACUGCAGUGGUCCGCUAGCAGAUAAUGGGAAGCCCCCCAACCAGAUUGGGACCUUCCUCAGUCUCCCAGCGUAGUGACCGUAGCUUAGUUUAUACUGGGGGCCACUUAGCGCCAGCUAUCGCCAUGUGUACGCCCAUUUUAUUAGGGCGAUAGGAGGUGGUCGCAGCCAGGAAUCCCGUAAUGUUAUAUUAUCUCUUAUCUCAGCGGCUCCUACAUUCUGAUGCGCUGGGGGAGGAAUUGUAAACCAAGUAUCAGAGAUUAGAGACCGCUGAAGGGAGUGCGGCAGAAUUGAAGGCUGUGAGUGCACCCUUAGAAAGAGUGUGUACACUCUGUAGAUCCUGGUCUCCAGCAGACCACAGACCUGCUAUUGCGCAACGCAGACAGCACCAGAUAUAGUUCCCCACCCCCAGACACCAAUAUACUCAACUCCGUACUAUACAUUUGUUGAACUACAAAUCCCAGCAGCAACAGACAACACCAGCCUACAGUAAGUCUGGGCAUGUACAUCUGUCCAAUUAAACACCCUAAUAAACUCCGCUCAGUUGACAUGACAAUUAUAUAAAUGACUAAAUAAGCUACAGAAGACGACAAGAACUAAUUCAUAGGACAGUGAGUCCAGGAUCUGCUUUGGUUACCAGUCUAAGUUACUGCUCUGGUUCCCCCGGAAUUACCAGAAGUAGGUUAUUUUCUCAGUAUGACAUAAAAUUGUACAUUUCGUUCCAUACACAAACCAGCAGAGUGCAUGUGAAAGCGAAGAAUGCCUUAAUCUCUACGGGGACAACGACCGCCAGUCUGUAGGACUGACCUCUGGUUAUUGUGUAAUGUGUUCUUCACCCCUGAGGCUUUGUGUACAUUUCCUCUAACCAAAACUGUUUUUUUGUCUCUUAACCCCUUCCCUGUAGACCAUCGGUAGCAGAGUCCAUAUAAGUAUUUGGGGAUACAGUGAAGGGGAGAUGAAUUUGGUGAUCUUUACAGGUCUCCAUCGGCGUUUGGCAACCACCAGGUCAUUUACUUCCUGGCCUGUUGGUGGCGCUCACGCACUCCUACAGUCACUCACAAUAUUAACCUUCUGCAAACCGAUGUUAUAUCGCCUAUUCUUUAUUGAAGAUGUGUCAGGCGGCCAGUAAAGGUGGCUUAGGAGCCUGAGAAUUAGGGUUUAAGUCUCAGUCAUUGUCAGGCGGGGAGCUUACAUCUGCGGAAGGGAGCAGGUCGCCCUUGCAGCUGAGGAAUGUGGGGCUCAGUGGGCAUAGAUCAUUAAGUCAUAUGUAGGCUCUUGAGCAAUGGACUGUAGUUCUGCAAACUUUAGGCCUCCUAAUCAAUGACACUAUUUUUAUUAUUUUAUUGGUUUAUUACAUAUUGCAAUAUAUAAAAUGUACAAUCAACUGCAUGUAGGCCACACAUCCUGUAAAUUGGCACAAGCCCUGAGCCAAUCCCAUCUAAGCCGUUUAUAGUCAUAUAAACCCCCGCCCCUGAUUGCACACAGGUGUGGAACAGGUGAGCCUGAUAGGCUGAUCUUUAACAUCCUUGGAGUAAGUUUGGAGACAGUUGUAAAACUUUUAGCGUUUCCCAUGUGUUUCUUUAUUAUGUUACCCCUCCUGAUAGCGGUGUCUGGGGGGUGGUGUUUUAUGUCCGCCCCUUCCGGCAUCUGCCGGAAGAUCCCUGUUGUAAAGCUGUGGCUGCGCAAUAGUGCGUCUGUUUUGUGCUGCUGUGGGACGAGGGUAUUGUGUAAAGUGCGCCGUGUUGCAGUUUGUCACCAGCACCCAGAGGAUUCCAUGUAUCGUUCUUGUGAUUUGUAGAAGAAAUAAAACAUUUUGUAAAAAAAAACUAAAAAAAACAACCGUUGUGUAAAACAAAAUGAAAACAAAAAAAACUGAAAAACAAAUUUUAGAAAGGGUUUAAGAAAAAGGUAAUUGUAUCAGAAAUGUAAAAACAAAACAAAGAAUCUAUUUUUGUAUUGACGGAAGUUUAUCCCUUAGUUACAAUUUUGUAUUAACAUUCACUUUAAUCCAGCUUCAUGUUUUCUAGAUUGCUGUGCAGUUGGGCGUGGGGGGGUCUGCUCUAGAGUAACGUACCGUAAGAGUGGCCUAAGUGAUCCAUACCUCAAUGGCUGGGGCUCGGGGCGCGCCCCGUUUUCCAGCCGAAAUGUUGAAGGUUUUUCACGGCUGAUUUAAAGUUAUUCCAGCAUUAAAAUGUAGUCUAAAUCUACUAACAACAUCUAGAUUCUUGGGGAUUUGCGAUAAUUAAUGUCUCCUUAUUGCGUUAGAAGCAUCUAGAGUUGGAUACACACGUUCCUAGCGCAAUACAACAAUUUUCUAUCCGAUUGCUAAACAAUCAGAAUAAGUGUAAGUGACAAUACAUCUAACGCAAUCCAGUAACUACCAGAAUGUCAAUCGCAUUGAUUAAUUGGAAUAAAAAACUUUCUCCUUAUCCAGUUUGAAAGGCGUAUAUUGUAAUUGUGUAAUUUCCCAAGUUGGAAGAGACACUAAGGGGUUGAUGCAUCAAACUUGUGUCUGUACGGAGUACCGCUGUCAUGAUUCCAUUCCUUGCUCUGUAUUACAUGGCAUGUUUAGGAGGUUAUGUGCUGUACUUCUGUAGCAAUGACUAACUAUAUUCACAUCUUCUAAUGGAGCCUCUUUUCUCUGUUAUCUUUCUAAAUGGUCUCUUUUUGGGGUUUGCCGACUUACUACAGUGUCUGGGCCGUAUUCAGAGUCAUCCGCAUGUCUCGAACUGCAUCUCUCUCCCCUUGUCCUUCCUUGGGUCUGAUGCGACUGAAUUCCACUCGGACGUUGAGUCACUGAGUUCCGAAAUUGCUAAAAUUCGCAGCAGGCAAUGGGAACACAUUACAGGUAAUGGCCGGAGAGCAGAUGAAACUGCAAAGAGACGCAGACGAAACUUGCAUUACUUAAUGGCGAGAAAUGUAUGUGCAGGAUUCCCCUUCCCCUACUGAUUAUCAUUUAUGUGCAGUCAAGUCACACCAUUGCAGCAGAAUCAGGUGUUUUGCAUAAAUGGGCGUGUUUUCAUGUUGUGUGGCCAGUCAUGCUCAGUCAUCAUUAUCAACGCUACACUUACUCUAGGCUCAGAGUGCCCAUAAAGCUGUCUCCUCGGGAAAGCUGUGUCUCAGACUUUCUGCGGGCCAAUUUAGUCCACACCUCCGUACUGUACUGUGGCUGCAGCUGCCCGCCCAUGACUGCACUUUCAUCCCAGCCCAGUAGGGGUGCGCAGUAAUAAGCCACGCUUCUGACCGACAAAUAGACGAUUGUGAAAAGUGACACCUACGCAAUAAUAAAGCAACUUGAGAAGAACACAAAUUGCAUUUCGGUCUGACUGAAUAAGGCCCUAUCUGCAGGCAGGGUAUGGGCCAGUCUCUAAGGCCUAAUCCCCUGAUCUCCCUGCUUGUAGUAGGCUGUCAGAUUCUGUGGGGCAUAUGUCACAGGCAAAACCAUUCCUUGUAAAUGAUUACCGCUUUAAAAAACAUCUGAGAUCGCCCGGCCUCCCGCAAGUCCAGCAAACUCAGACCCCAUUACAUAUGCCCCUGUGUAUCUGUGUAAACAACUUUAGCAGCUGAACCCUCUCCAUAAGAAUUCAUAGAGCCCCAGAGAUGAUAACAUAUGGCCACGCGUCAUUUUCUCCCCAAGAAAUAAGGCUCCAUUCAUAGCAGAGAAGCAGCAGGGAACAUCGUACAGUGUUUGAGUAAGCCUAGCUCUGUAACAUGGACACAGAGAAUGGAUAUCUCUAGUACAAGAGCUAUAAGCUGUAUUGUGUGCUACAGGGGGCUGUGGAACUUGUAGUUCACAACUGGUCCCUUUUGUACCCUGCAAUACCCAUGACUUGUCACUAGGUGGCGCAGCUCGACAGGUUUGGCAUUGGAUAUUUAAAUGCAGCCGCAUAAACCAUUUGCAAAUAUGUUAAUAAACUGUGGAUGAAAUGAUGUUGUAAAGCAGUUAGGAUAAGAGACGCCCCCUAUGAAGAUGGAAUAUAGGUAAAGUUUAUUUGUAAAACAUUGUUUGUAUCGGAGGAAGAGGUCGGUAUCAUCCUUUACACAUAGGGGAACACUGAAUAGUCCGGGGGAGAGGACUGUGCAUUUUGGGGGUACAUGGAAUAUUUCAGUCUAGAAGAGAAUGCUGUGAUUUGUGUAACAUUGUCUUCUACCAGGACUGUCUGUACAAUGCGUCAAUGCGGAUUUUGAUGUAUAAAUGUCUCCAGGACCUGACGCCCUCAUCUAUGUGCCCCGAUCGCUUCUAGACUAGCACAUGGAUAUAGUGUCUGACUGCUAAGCGGGCGCUCCCUGGCUGUUGCUGGGCAGGCUCCUGCCACGUCAUUACUACAUGGACAUUGGCGUGGGACGUCGUACGCUGCCUUUCCGCUCGGCUCGGUCUUACUGUGAAUCACUUCUGCACACGUUAAUGUCUAAAUGCAAAGCGUUAAAAAUCGGACUAUUUUCUCGAUGAAUAAAAGGUAUUAGAAUUGUAAACAAAAUGAGCGUUUAUAAAAUACAAGUUCAAAGUUG